UGGGAUUGUGGACAGUCCGCUUAACGAAUGGUGCAGAGGCAGGGCUAAGAGACGAGAGCCAAUGAUGGGGAUGGAGAUGGAGAUGGAGAGCCCCCCCCCUUCGCCGUUGAACAGACGUGAAGAGCUGCAAGGAGUGGCGGAGGGAGCGAGUGCACGAGCGGCGGCUGAGAGUGCAUGAGAGCACCGAGGAGGAAAAAAAACAGGUCGGGGGAGUGAACGCGGAGGAGGGAGAGAGUGGAAGACGGAGCGAAAAAAGAGGAGAGUGCAUCUGUUGACUUGCGUCUUCUGGAGACUGAGCCGGACACGCAGAAAUCAUGGCCAACAUCACCGCCGCUCUACACCCGAGCAAUCUCCCACGGCACCCGGACGCGUUCCCCGCCUCCUACGUCUCCCUGCAGGUCCAGGAGGUCUACCCGUUCCACGACGGCUGGAAUGUGGCCUGCUUCGUCAUCCUCCUGCUCUUCAUCCUCACCGUCCUGUCUCUGGCCGCCUUGGCCGUGCUCUACGAGCUACUGGACUGCGGGUGCUGUGCCAAAGGGAAGACGCAUCAGCAGCUACAGGAGGAAGGGCCGAGCUGCAGCAAGCUCAUGACGAGCAUUUGCAAGGAGCCAGAAUCGCACACUGAGGUGGUAUAAAGGGGGGGGUGAAGAUAAACCAGAGCAGGAAUUCGGGUUUGAUUGCUGAACUGGGUGAUACCUGCAGUGCUGAGCUGAGAAAAGAACUUCGAAAACCGCCCAACAGUGGUUCAAUUGUUCACGGUUAAGAGGACGCAGAAGGAAGAGAUGAGGUAACAGAACAAUGUAAAAAAAAAAAACAAUUCAAAAAGAGUCUAAUUAGCUUUUCAUUCACACAUCUACAUUCACUACCACUUAACACAAGUUUCACACCAAAAAAUACCCGACCAGAGGAAAGACAGAGCACUCGAGUAGUCUAGAAAUAAAAGAUACAAAAAAUGACGAAUGUGGCCGAAAAAAAACAAACCUUGAAGCACCAAUCAGACCAAAUAUCAUCGAGUAUUCUUGUCCAACGACACCUGCCCUGGAUCCUUCCAUGAGCCGUGGUGACAUGUUGUGUACAGAUGGAAAAGGCUGUCCAGACCAAAGGACUUGACAAAAACAACAAAUGAAUGAUCGAGCGUGGUCGGACGGAUAAAGCUUGUGUGUUUCUGUUCUUCGGUAAAUCGUGUGCCAGUGUUGUCAACGAGUUCAAGCAUCGCGACAUCAUCUCAUGACGAGUGACACGUUUGAUUGCUGCACAGUGAUGUAAUUUUAUCAUGUCAUGUUGAGCACAACGUAUGAUUUCAUUUGCCUUACCACUAAAAUGCCUAAUAAACGGUCACUGAAUUAUGCA